AUGGCAUCUGAACAUGAGAGUCAGCCUAACGUAAGAAAUGGCGCCGCCAACAGAGAUGAUUUUCUAGACAUGAAGACUUUGUUCGUGCGGUCAAUUCCAUUUGAUGCGACUGAUGAAGAGCUAGCCACUUUUUUCGCUGAUCUAGCGCCUAUAAAGCAUGCUGUGAUAGUUAAAGAUGAUGAGAAGAACUCUAGAGGCUUUGGUUUCGUGAGCUUUGCUGUCGAAGACGACACUAAAGAAGCUUUGAGUAAAGCCCGGAAGGCCAAAUUCAAGGGCAGACUGCUGCGUGUGGAUAUUGCCAAGAGAAGAGACAGAUCAGGGAGUGGCCAGAAGAGAGCUGAGCCUGUGAAAACGGCGGAAGAACGUGAAAAUGAGCUACUUGGUGGUAAAGCUAAGCUUAUUGUUAGAAACAUGCCGUGGAGUGUGCGUAAUCCAGAUCAAUUGAAGAAGAUAUUCAUGCGUUUCGGUACCGUUGUUGAGGCAAAAAUACCUAAGAAACCUGAUGGAAAGUUGUGUGGGUUUGCGUUUGUCACGAUGAAAAAGCUUGCCGCGUGUAAGAAAGCUAUUGAGGAAUCCAAGGGCCUUAAAAUAGAUGGAAGACCAGUGGCUGUUGACUUUGCGAUACAAAAGAAUAAAUGGGAAGAACACAAACAGGAGAAUAUCACGAUACCUGCGCAAGAGUCGGACACUGACAGCCAUGGAGAAGAACAGGAAGAAAGCGAUGCUGAGAGUGAUAGCUUGGAGGAUGAGCAAGACAGUGAAGAUGACGAAGAUCAAGAAGCGGGUGAUGACAACACUAGAGACGAUGAAAGCGAUGAAGAUGACGGGGAGCAAGCUGAAUUAACCUCUGAUGGGGAGUCUGAUGUCCAGGACCGCCCGAAGCCAAAUAGACAGGAAAACUGGUCCAUCUUUGUUCGUAAUGUACCUUACGAUGCCACUAGGGAAUCUUUGGAAGAACACUUCAGCAAAUUCGGACCUGUCAAAUAUGCGCUGCCAGUCCAAGACAAGGAGACGGGCCUCGCUAAAGGCUCGGCUUUUGUCGCCUUCAAAAGUGCAGAAACCUUUGACGACUGUGUAAAUAAUGCGCCUGCAUCGGGAACCACUUCUCUGUUGAUAAGUGACGAUGUCCCAUACAAAUAUGUCUACGAUGGGAGAAUAUUGUCCAUUACCCCAUCGCUAGACAGAGAAACUGCUGAACGUUACGCCGAGAGAAAUGCUUCGAAGAGAAAAGAAACUUUUGGCAAGGCGCCCACUGUAAGGGACAAACGUAAUUUGUACCUGUUAAACGAAGGCAGAAUCACAGAAGGCUCCAUACUUUCUCAACUUUUGAGCUCUAAAGAUAUGGAAAUUAGAGAAAGCUCUUACAAACUAAGAGUGGAGCAACUCAAGAAAAAUCCAGGUUUGCAUCUUUCGCUUACAAGAUUAGCUAUAAGAAACCUCCCUAGAGCCAUGACUGACAAAGCUUUGAAAGCAUUAGCGCGUAAAGCCAUCGUUGAGUUUGCUACGGAAGUUACUUUGAAGAAAAGACACCCUUUGAGUAAGGAGGAAAUUCAAAGAUCUACGAAAGAGAAAUACAAGUUCAUGGAUGAAGAUGAGAUUAAUGCCAAAAAGAAGAAAGACAAGAAACAGGGUGUUGUCAGACAAGCGAAGGUAAUCAUGGAAGUCAAGGGCUCGACGACUGGUAGAAGUAGAGGAUAUGGAUUUGUGGAAUUCAGAGAUCACAAGGCAGCGCUUAUGGGAUUAAGAUGGCUAAAUGCGCACGAGGUCACCAGGACUGAAGUUUUAGAAGGUCUUGAUGAAGAAGAGAAGAAGGCUGUUGAUGUUGAAGGAUUGAAUCGUAGACGUCUUUGCGUGGAGUUUGCCAUUGAGAAUGCAAACGUUGUGAAGAGAAGAAGAGAAGCCACUAAAAGUGGCAAAGAAGCCAGUAAAAGGAAGUUGGAAACUAAAACGGCAGAAGCGGUCGACGAUGGUGGAGUAAGGAAGAAAUCGAGAAAGAACGACACACAAUCUUCUUCAAAGGAAGGUGGAGCAUCUGGCAAAUCGGGCGUUGAUGAUAAAAUCAAGCGGCUCAUAGGAAUCAAACGUAAGAGAAAACAAGGGAGAAAAUAA